GUAAAUCCAACGAAGAAGAAGAUAAAGGAAGCUGCGCCACAGAGGAAAAUAUUGCACGCGUUCAGUACACCACACGUGUUUCCAGGAUUCUGUUGUGAGAUGUCUAAGCGCCGACCGAGAUCAGAUGAAGGAGAAUCUGUACCACCACCCAAAGCUGAUAAAAACCCAGAGCAUGAGUUGUCUCCACCAAUCGUAACACGAACGCGUAGCGGCCGAAGGGUUCGAACCCCAGCCGCUCUGAUGGACUCGAAGGUUCCGAGCUCAGCUAAAACCCCUAGUCGCCGCGCCAGGAAAUCUGUUAUUCAAGAGGAACUGAAUGAUAAUGAAGAGUCGAGGUCUGAAGGAACGGAAUCGAUAAAACCAACAAGCGUGUGCAUUGACUAUAAAAGUUUGAGUCGUGGACUGGACCCGGAAACAAAGAAAUGCAAAGUCGACCCAAUUAAUCCAUCUGAAGUAAACCAAGUGCGUCUGCACACAGACGAUAACUGUCAAGAAUCUAUGAAAUCCAAUCGGCCAGCCAUUCAACACGAGGAGCUACUAGUUUCGGACAUUAGCCUGCAGACACAUGGAAGCGGACAGAAGGAAAACCAGGUGCGCAUGGAGACGCAGGUCGGGCUGGGGUCCAUGGAGAAAACGAACAUGAAGAGUGGUCUGUUGAAGUCAAACGUGACAGCGACUCGCACGAUACCGCUAGGUAAACCCAAAUCCGGACGUAUAUGGAAAGACCGGAAUAAACAUAGGUUCUCUGCCCUGUUGCGGGGCAAAACUCUGCGGUCCUCCUGGGAGACGAAAAUGGAGGCCAAGAGAGAGAAGGAGCUGGUGAAUAAAUUUUCCCUGCAGCUCAAGGAAGAGAAGGCCAGAGAGAAAGAGGAAAAGAGAAAACGGAGGGAGGAAACCCUGAAAAGACGUGAGGAAAACGAGCGGAAGGCAGAGGUUGUGCAAGUGAUCCGAAAUACAACUAAGAUAAAGAGGAUGAAGAAGAAACAACUAAGGAAGAUUGAGAAGAGGGAUACACUUGCCCUGCUGCAGAAGUCACAGCCUAGGAAUCAAAAUACUGCCAGGAAAGGUAGCAAGGGGAGCCAGUGAAGAAGAUUUUCUAAUGCAGUACAUAUGUAAUCUGUUGUCUGAGCUGGAAUUUUUAUUCGGCCUCUACAUACAAAGUGUACAUUUUCUUAUGAUGAACAUGAGUUGUGCAACUCUUUGUAUGCAAGUAAACAAAGACGGUGUUUGGCCACCAUUACUUGUCUAUUCUGCAAGAAACCAAAACUGAAAAAGACUGGUAUCUCUGCCUGUAACAAUGUGACCUAGAAAAUAUUGUCAUCCAUGUUUCGAAAACAAAACACUCUAUGUUCCGCUAUAGUUUCCUAAAGAAUAUUAAGGGAUGAAUACAUGAUUAAUUGCUUCCCUGUGAUGCCUCUGUUUUUUCUUAGUUUUUUUUUCCUGUUGCCAACCUUUCACACUGGGAUUUUCCACCCGUAAACAGUGUUAUACCAACAUACCAGCCUUGUUUAAACUAAAUAAAAGGUUUCUGAUGUUUCUUUUUUA